AUGAACCAAAAGUCCAAGAAGGUGCAUGCUGCUCCUUAAGUAGAACUAAAAUUAUAGAAUCCCUUAAGAUAAAUACGUUUAGAUACUUACGGUUAACAAAUUUUGAAAGGAUAAAAAAAUCAUAAAAUUGCAUUCAAAGAACAUAUCAAAACAAUUCAUAUUGUAGAGAAUUGGAAAAUAUACAAUCUUGAUCAUGUAGAUAAAGAAGAUGAUUCUUGUCCAUGUUAAUUAGUUUGA